GACCAAUCGGUGCAGAGGGGGGCGGGAUCUGCAGCAAAUUCAGCACGAGCGACCUGCUGCGGCGGUAAAGAGAACGGGCGUCGCAGCCAAACGCACGAGACCGAACCGAACCCUCCUCCCUGCCUGCCGCUGUUCAGUCGCUCUCUCUGGUCUGUCCUUCAUCAUGUGUAUCCCGGGCUGUGUGUCCGCUCCUCCCUUCCCCCUUCUCCUCCUCCUCCUGUUGCUGGGCUACGGUUGCCAUGCGGCCGACAUUCCGGAAGACGCCACGGCAGAGUUCUCGGUCAGGCUGUACCACCGGCUGCAGGCGGCGGGGGGCAGCGACUCCAACAUCAUCUUCUCCCCACUGAGUGUGGCGGUGGCCCUGGGCAUGAUGGAGCUGGGGGCCAGGGGAGCCUCGCUGGAGGAGAUCCGCCAGGCGGUGGGCUUCAGCCAGCUCCCAGCAGACGAGGAGUUCUCUCUGCUCCACAACCUGACGUCUGCCAUGUCAGACGACGAUGGACACUACAUUGUCCGAUUGGCCAACAGCCUGUACCUCCAGGAGGGCAUGGCCUUCAACCCAGAGUUCCUGCAUCUGAUGAGGAAGUACUUCAGGGCAGAGGUGGACACGGUGGACUUCAGCGAAUCCGCAGCCGUCGCCGACCAGAUCAACAGCUGGGUGGAGAACCACACUGAAAGCAAGAUCCAUAAGCUGCUGUCGGCGGAGGACUUCAGCAGCAUGACCCGGCUGACCCUGGUGAACGCUGUGUACUUCCGGGGCUCUUGGAAGAACCAGUUCAGACCAGAAAACACCAGGACCUUCUCCUUCAGCCGGGACGACGGCUCAGAGGUCCAGACCCUCAUGAUGUACCAGCAGGGAGACUUCUCCUACGGUGAGUUCAGUGACGGCACCCAGGAGGCGGGCGGGGUGUACCAGGUGCUGGAGAUGCCCUACGAGGGGGAGGACAUGUCCAUGAUGAUCGUCCUCCCCAGGCAGGAGGUGCCUCUGGCCUCCCUGGAGCCCAUCAUCAAAGCCGCCCUGCUGGAGGAGUGGGCCAACAACGUCAAGCGGCAGAAGGUGGAGGUGUACCUGCCCCGGUUCAAGGUGGAGCAGAGGAUGGACCUGAAGGAGCCAUUGCAGGAGCUGGGGAUCAGGAACAUAUUCACCAAGGAAGCCGACCUCUCCGCCAUGACCGAUGGUAAAGACCUGUUCAUAGGGAAAGCAGUGCAGAAGGCCUACCUGGAAGUGACUGAGGAAGGGGCGGAGGGAGCUGUAGGAUCAGGAAUGAUUGCCUUGACAAGGACUCUGGUGCUGUACCCACAAGUCAUGGCCGAUCACCCCUUUUUCUUUGUUAUCAGAAAUCGCAGGACAGGAUCCAUUCUCUUCAUGGGCAGGGUCAUGACCCCUGAGGUCAUCAAUCCCAGUGACCAGGACUUCUUCUAACCAGGCUGUGAGGUCAUCCCUCACGGCCCGCCCCUUCCUUACCCGGCAGCCAAUGAUAUCCGGACGACACAAGCGCUACCUGUCCUUUGAUGCCAUCCUCAGCUGUGUUUUUAUACUCUUUAUGAGAAUAUACGACCUGAAUGUUAUAAAUAUAUAUACAUAUAUAUUAUAUAUAUUGAGAUAUAAUUGACAUAUAAUGUGAUUGUGUUUUGAUACUGGAAGCUUUAAACACUUGGAUACAGGAAUUGAAAAGAUGUACAUACUCUUGGGGGAAGGAAUAGGACUGUUUGUACUAUAAUACGUGUGGCAUAUCAAACACUGUAUUGAGUGAGAGCGUGAUAUGUAAUCCACGCACAGCCCCGUUCACUAUGACACAUAACACUCUUUUCUGUUUUCUGUUCUUCACAUACAGACACACCCACACGACUUUUCUCUCUUCUUCUCAGUGUGGGCACUUUGAACACAAGCGCUCCAACCAACACCUGCGCCACGUUACAAUUAUAUUCCUGUACAUUUGGCUUUCGUGUUACAAGUAUACCAUACCAUAAUAUUUAUUGCAACAAAGAGCAUUAAAGAAGUAUCCUCAAACA